CAUCCUUCACACUCUCAAUCCUUUUUCUCUCUAAUAAAUCCAUCAAGAGGGACCCAUUAAAAAACCCAAAAGUAAAAAAGCCUCAUCACUCUCUCAAAAACACACACACACACACAAAAACAUAAACACAAGUAUAGCAUUUGCCCUCUUCCCGUUUUACUCCAUCGCAUGUGACUUCACUGACACUUCUACUCACUGUCGGCGCUUGCACGCACUCUCCGAUCCCCCACCCCCUCUUUCCCUCUCUUUCUUCCCCGUGACACCACCUCCCACUAUAUAUAUAUAUAUAUAUAUAUGUAAAUUAUUAUAAGCACCCAACAAACCAAUUCAAACACAACACUCCCAAAACAUCUUCAAAACAAUAAAAAUAGAAAAUGAGACUGUGUGCCCUUCAUUUUCUUGGCGCCACUUUAUUCGCUGUGGUGGUGAUUCUCAAACUCCCAGGUUUCGUUUCGAGCUCCGACCAUGACUACAGAGACGCAUUGUCGAAGGCAAUUCAGUUUUUCGAAGGCCAGAGGUCGGGGUUCUUACCGCAGGACCAGCGGCUGAGUUGGCGUGCCAAUUCAGGACUCAGCGACGGCUGGACUUACAACACGGACUUGACCGGCGGUUACUACGACGCCGGAGACAACGUGAAGUUCGGAUUCCCGAUGGCUUUCACGACGACAAUGUUGGCUUGGAGUGUGAUUGAGUUCGGGGAUUCGAUGCCGGGCGGAGAGCUGAGGAAUGCUCUGGUGGCCAUCCGUUGGGCCACCGAUUACUUGCUCAAGACAGUGGCUCAGCCAAAUCGGAUAUUCGUGCAGGUUGGUGACCCAAACGCAGACCACAAUUGCUGGGAAAGACCGGAAGAUAUGGACACAAUCAGGACCGUAUAUGCCGUGGACGCACCCAAUCCGGCUUCAGAAGUUGCCGGCGAGACUGCAGCGGCACUUGCAGCCGCAUCGAUGGCGUUUAAGUCGUCGGACCCGGGAUACUCGGAUACUUUAUUAAGAAACGCCGUGAAGGCCUUUGAAUUUGCGGAUACUUAUAGAGGGGCUUACAGUGACAACUCGGAUAUCAGAAGUGGUGUCUGCCCAUUUUAUUGUGAUUUUGAUGGUUACCAGGACGAGUUACUAUGGGGAGCAGCUUGGCUAAGGAGGGCUACUCAGGAUGGUUCAUUCCACGAUUACAUAACAAACAAUGGCAAAACUCUUGGCGCCGAAGAGAGUAUCAAUGAAUUUGGCUGGGACAAUAAGCAUGCUGGCUUAAAUGUUUUGGUCUCUAAGGAAGUAAUAGAAAACAACAUGUACGAUCUCCAAUCCUACAAAGCAUCAGCCGACAGCUUCAUGUGCACAUUGAUACCCGAAUCAUCAUCGUCCCACAUCGAGUACACACCGGCAGGUCUCAUUUACAAACCCGGCGGUAGCAACCUCCAGCACGUGACAUCCAUCACGUUCCUGCUCUUGGUGUACGCCAAUUACUUAGCCAAAACGUCGCAGUCUCUCAACUGUGGCAACAUAAACGUUGGGCCGAGCUGGCUCCGUCAACAGGCCAAGAAACAGGUGGAUUAUAUCCUCGGCGACAACCCGAUGGGCCUGUCUUAUAUGGUCGGGUACGGUGACCGUUAUCCGCAAAGAAUCCACCACCGUGGAUCGUCUUUGCCGUCCAUCAAAGACCACCCUCAGUUCAUUGCUUGUAAAGAAGGCUCGGUGUAUUUCAACUCUACGGGUCCCAAUCCCAAUGUUUUGGUUGGAGCACUUGUGGGUGGACCUGGGGAAGAUGACGUGUACGAUGAUGAUCGUGUUGAUUUUAGGAAGUCCGAGCCUACGACUUAUAUUAAUGCGCCGUUUGUUGGAGUGCUUGCAUAUUUUGUUGCUAAUCCCAACCCAAAUUAGAACCCCCAAAUUUUUUUUUUAAAAAAAAGGUACAGAAUUGAAAGUGAUAUACACCUCAUUUUUGUAUAUAUAUUUCCCAAAAAAAAAAAAUUCCAAUAACCUACUGGACGGAGAAAAAAAGAAAAAAUUGUAGUCUCUCGUCUUGGGCAAAGAGGGAAGAGGCUUAUUCUUGUUAAUUGUUUUGAAUUACUGUGGUAAAAAAUGUUUUUGGGAGUUGCGAAAAGCUUGUUGUAACUUUCUUUUUUUAAUACAAGAAAAAUAAUGAAAGAGCAGUUGUUUGUGUGUGAA